AUGGAAGAAGCAGCCGUAGUAUUAGAGGUGAACAAUUAUAUCUUCUUCUCUCAACUUCGUUCUUUCUUUUUAUUUAUAUAUACAUUCUUUCUAUCUAUCUAUCUAUCUAUCUAUCUAUCUAUCUAUCUCUGUAUUAAUGAACAACAUAUUUUAUAUUUUAUUAAUUUCUCAUCCACGUUCUAUCUAUCUAUCUAUCUAUCUAUCUAUCUAUCUAUCUAUCUAUCUCACUCCCUUCUCAUCUAUCUAUCUAUCUAUCUAUCUAUCUAUCUCACUUCCUUCUCAUCUAUCUAUCUAUCUAUCUAUCUAUCUAUCUAUCUAUCUAUCUCACUUCCUUCUCAUUUAUCUAUCUAUCUAUCUAUCUAUCUAUCUCAAUUCCUUCUCAUCUAUCUAUCUAUCUAUCUAUCUAUCUAUCUAUCUAUCUAUCUAUCUAUCUAUCUCACUUCCUUCUUAUCUAUCUAUCUAUCUAUCUAUCUAUCUAUCUAUCUAUCUAUCUCACUUCCUUCUCAUCUAUCUAUCUAUCUAUCUAUCUAUCUAUCUAUCUAUCUAUCUAUCUAUCUAUCUUUCUUCUCUCUCUCUCUCUAUAUAUAUAUAUAUAUAUAUAUAUAUAUAUAUAUAUAUAACAACAACGAUAUUUUCAAAUAUUUUCAAAUGCUCAUAUCUAUCUAUCUAGCUAUCUAUCUAUCUCAGUCUGUUCAUAUCUAUCUAUCUAUCUAUCUAUUAUUCAGGCCGGUUCAUUCCUAUCUAUCUCAGUCUAUUCAUAUCUAUCUAUCUAUCUAUCUAUCUAUCUAUCUAUCUAUCUAUGUGUGUGUGAUUCUCCUUUUCUUUAUGUAUUCGAGCGCUUGCGUCUUUCCUCUUGUGGAAACGUUUAUUCAUCUCUCUUUUUAUUUACCUCGCAGUCAUUUUUUGUAUCAUUGA